UUCGUACCGCACAACUUAUGGCAUGUCACUUCGUAAUCCAAGAUGGCAGCGAGUAGCAGGCCAGGGAGCGAUGUUGGAUGGACAAAAUGGCAAAUUGCGUUAGCAGUCGGAGCCCCAAUAGCAGUGGCAGGACUUGCAUUUGGAGCCUACUAUCUUACUCGAAGUGGGAAUCCAGAGGAGAGCUCGGAUACUAAGUCAGGUACUGCAGGAACUUCUGGAAAUACCAAAGCCAAUGGCGAAGGGGAUGCGGGAAAGAACAGCAGCGUGGAACACACACAGACCCCCGAAGAGCAAGCCCAAGCAGCCAAGCUCCGAGGCAACAAGUACUUCAAGGCAGGACACUAUGAACAAGCUAUCAAGCUCUACUCUCAAGCCAUCGAGAUAUGCCCAAAGGACAACGUCAAAGAUCUCUCAACGUUUUACCAGAAUAAGGCUGCUGCCCAUGAACAGAUGAAAAACCAUGCCCAGGUAGUAGUGGAUUGUAACAAUGCUCUUGAGCUGAAUAGUAGAUACGUGAAGGCCCUCUUCCGCCGAGCAAAGGCCUAUGAGAUGAUGAAUGAGAGAAUGAAAUGUUUGGAAGAUGCUACUGCAGUAUGUCUCCUAGAAGGUUUCUCACAUCAGCAAGGCAUGAUACUUGCAGACAAGAUGCUCAAAGAGAUUGGCAAAGAGAAAGCAGCUGAGAAAUACAAGGAGAGAGUACCCAGCUUACCGUCCGGUCAGUUCAUCAGGUCCUACUUCUCGUCAUUCUCAAAUGACGGCAUCUCAAAUACAAGUGAUGAAGAUUACUGCUCUCCGGAUGACUUUGCAAGUGCUGGCUAUGCCAAGGCCAAGCACUGCUUCAAAGAGGGUAACUACGGGACCAUCAUUGACGCCUGCACGGAGGAGAUUGACAGUGAAGGUUCAAAGCUACCAGAGGCUCUCCUCAUGAGGGCGACAUUUUAUCUUCUCAAAGGUCAGGGGACGUUGGCCAGGCCUGAUUUGGAUAAAGUCAUUACAUUACCAGAAGCAGAUAAAAAGUUGAAAGCAAAUGCAUUGAUCAAGCGUGGAAGCAUGCACAUGCAGGAAGGCCAGCAGAUGGAAGCCAUGGCCGACUUUGAGCAAGCGGCUACCAUAGAUCCUAACAAUGCAGAUGUCUACCAUCAUAGAGGACAGCUCUUACUCCUCCUAGAACGAGUCGACAAGGCCGUAGAGGACUUCCAGAAGUGCAGUUCACUGAGCCCUGACUUUGCCCUGGCCCACGCCCAGCACUGCUACGCCAACUACCGUCUAUCAGUCAUGGUUCAGAGUCCCAUGCAGAUGCAGGCUGCCGUCAAAGCCCUUGAAGAAUGCUGUAAGAAGUUCAGCCAGUGUGCCGAGGCCUACGCUCUCUAUGCACAGUCUCUGAAUGACCAAGGGCAGUUCCAACAAGCCGAUGAAAACUUCCUCAAAGCAGUAGCUUUAGAACCAGAUAACCCUACAGCAUACGUCCACCGCGGUCUCUUAUAUCUAGCAUGGAAGAAGGAUCCAGAACAAGCAAUUAGAAUGAUACAGAAAGCACUGGAGAUAGAUAGCAGAUGUGACUUUGCAUAUGAAACACUGGGUACUAUUGAAGUUCAAAGGGGUAACAUGGCAGCUGCACAGGAGUACUUCAACCAAGCGAUAGAACUGACGAGAACGGAAAUGGAGAUGGCGCACCUCUUCUCCCUCAGCGUAGCAGCGCAGGCACAGAGCAACGUCACCACGAAGUUUGGCAUCGUGCCGCCCUCGGCUCUAAGACCGUGAGAGACCGCAAUCCACCGUUAUACUAUAGGAAUUUGUCUAUUGAUUUAAUUCAGUGUGUUGAUAAUGAAUGACCCUUGUGACAGAUGGUCCAGAUUCUCAGCCAAAUGGUAGAUUUAUAAGCCCCAUUUCUCUUAUAUUUUGUAAGUUUAGUAGCAUGAAAUUGGAGCACUGUAGCCCAGUGGAAUCGUCUCUGGACUUUGAAACAGCCACAGCGUAAUUUCCUUCAGCAGGAAAUUUUACCCACACAACCCAGAUGGGGUGGAUGGGUACUCAACAGGAUUUAUGCCUUUAAUGCACCAAGCACCUUAAGCAACUAGAGCUAAAGCCACAGUUAUACAUAGUGCGCCAUUGAAUCAGCGCCUCUUAAAUGCUAUCUAUUAUUAUUACACAUACCAAAGAUUUUUAAUUUUAGUCAUAAAUCGAAUCCAUACUUUUAGAAGGAUUGUAAUGACCCAUCCACUGGCUUAUUCAUCCCACAUGACCUAAUCCUAGUUCGAUGGCAACCAGUACGUGUACUAACCAUUUGGUCUAACUGCCAUUUAGCCUGUUGAGGAUAAACCAUUUUGUCUUAUAUCUACUAGGUGUAACACCAUUUUAUAGUUCAUGUAGAUGAACAUGUUUGUGAACCAGAUUUUUAUUUGAAGAGGGAAUAUAUUAGAAGACAAAGUGGAAAUUAGUCCAGCUGGGCCUUAGACUUCAUGAGGACUGGACUAAGUGGGUAUCAGACCAAGCGUAGUAUGUAGAUCCAAACCAUCAACACCAAAUUGAUAUUAGACCAAGUGGGUCUAGCUGAUGUGGAAUUGGACUAUGUAUAUGAGAAGUAGACCAACUGCUUGUAGACCAAAGUGAUAAGGGAUUUGAUACCAUGUUGGCGGCGUACAAGAAAUGUGUUUGCUUGAGGGUCUUCACUCACAGGUAUUCUUUCCAGGGAUUUAAGAGGGCGCUGUUGGACAUACGUACAUGCCGCGGAUGGUGCCAACUGCCCAUUGACACCAACCUUAUACAGCGCUUAUGCAGACGCCAUACUCUGAAUGCCCGAGCUCUGUUGAUUCUCAAGUUUGCGUACGCUUCGGCUGAUUUUCGCAGGUUGUCCUCGCCUCCGUUUGCUGUGUGAAGUGACGUUGGCAGAUGGUCGGACCAGUGCCGAUGUAUGUAUCUGUACUGUGUAUAUGUGCAGUGCUAUGCGUGAUUGACAGCUGCAUGCAAAUUCCGCUGAUGGUCUUCAUAAAUGAAAAUGGCGGCAAAUACAGCACGCAACAAAACUGUUGUAAAGCGCCCUCUUGAAUCCCAGGAACAUAUACCUGUAACCUUGUCACAAGGGCCAUUUUCUAAUAAGUGAAUGUUACAAUGUGAUAAUUUUUAUGAGGUUUUCCUAUUUUUAUGGCUUAUAGUCUGAUUUUAUCCCUCCUGAUGAUAAACCAUGUAAUGCCUACAGCUCUAAAAUUGAUCAUAAGUCCUCAAUCGAUUGUAACUUCCAAUAAUUGAUUGCCUGUCUGCUUCUUGCAAUAGAAAGUGUGAAUUCAUUUGCCAUAGUUCAAUUGAUCUAUCAAAUGCACAUUUUAACCUGUGAGGUACCCCCUGUAAGAAUGAAAAAGAAUGCUCUCCAAAAUUGAUGUAAAAAGUACUUGAUAACCUAACUUCCUAAGGGCCAUAUCUGCAUGAAACACUGCACCACAGCUCCUGUAUGACUUUUGGAAUAUACCUGUAUGUACAUGGUUUAUGCUAAAUUUCUCUAGAGUUCAUUAAUAAUGUGAGUGGAUUCAUCGCCAAAUUUUAAUUCUUUAAGGGGGAUCCAACCCAAAUAAAAAAGUUGUUUUU